UUUUUCACAUAUUUGUCUUUCCAAUUUGCAGGAUUGCACCUUUUUCUUCACAGGCAUUUACAGCAAAGGCUUAGUGCAAUAACUGUUUGAAUAGUUUCAGCAGGAUGGAGGACUGGGAGGAUGAGCCUGCACCUCCCGUUCUUAAAAAGGAGCAACCUAGGAAUAUGUGGGAUGAUGAAGAUGCAGAUGAGAAUGAUGUGAAAGAUUCUUGGGAGGAUGAAGAUGAACCUGCUCCGGCACCUGCACCGGAACCUCCUGCAGAGAAGGUGUCAAAAGAACCUGCAAAAAAAGCUAGUGACAAGAAAGGAAAGGCUGCUGAAGUAUUGAAACAAGAACCUGCUCCAGUGCCCCUAGAUCCAGUGGCAGAGAAGCUUCGCCAACAAAGACUUGAGGAAGAAGCUGAUUAUAAGUCCACCACGGAACUGUUUGCUAAGAGAGGUGACGAGAAGACACUGGAUAAUUUUAUACCCAAAUCCGAAAGUGACUUCACAGAGUAUGCAGAGCUUGUUUCUCAUAAACUCAGGCCAUAUGAGAAAAGCUUCCAUUACAUUGGCCUACUCAAGGCAGUGAUGAGAUUAUCAAUGACUUCUCUUAAAGCAGCAGAUGCAAAAGAAGUUGCUUCAUCAGUAACGGCAAUUGCAAAUGAAAAACUCAAGGCUGAGAAAGAAGCCAAUGCGGGUAAAAAGAAACCAGGUGCAAAGAAGAAGCAGCUUCACGUAGAUAAGGCAGAUGAUGAUGUGGCUGUUGAUGGAUACGAGGCUAUGGAUGACUAUGACUUCAUGUAAACUCUUUCAGAAAUUAUUUCUGCUUUUUCUCCUGUAGACUAGGAUCCAUUUGCUCAAAAAUUGAAUCACAGAUGAGGGUCCUUAAGGCUUUGUUCCCUCCAAAUUCUGGAGAUUGAUUUGAGUGUGUGCUGAUAUGCGGUUUGUUGAUUUAGAGAAGAGUUAACAGUGUCUCAUGAGGAAAUAUUUUUUUACUGUUUUUGAACAAUUUUUAAUUUUAUUUGACAGACAAGAGAUAAGCUAAUAUUUUUUUAAUUAAUUUUGUAAAAAGUAUUUUUACC